UCACAAUUCACAAUUCACAUCACAUGUAUAAUAAUAAUGCAAACCAAUAAACCACACCAUCUCCUCCCCGAGAUCGUUAACGGAUCGGAUCCACGACCACUGCAAAACCCGAAUCCGUCAACGGUCCAUCUCUAACCUCCCACCAAGCUCCAAGUCUUGAGAUCUCCUCUAAAACCCUAAACAUGAAGCUUAGGAGGAAGCGGAGCUCCGGGGCCGGCUUCCUCUGCUUCAACGCCUCCGCCAUCUAUGACGACGACGAGGAGGAGGUAAAGACCGAAACCUCCACCGGCUCUCCCGUAAAGAUCUUAGAGGAGGAAUCAGGGUCGUCAUCUCGCCGCCACCCCCGCCGCACCUUAACUAAAGCCUUCCGCUCCGCCGCCUUUAUCUCAGCUCUUAAGAGGAAUAAGGGCUCAUCAUCGCUGGUGCGGAAGGAAUCCGACGCGUCGGAGGAGAGAUCCGUCACCGAAUCGUCCUCGAGAUUGACGGAAGACGACGAUCGGAGAACGGAUUCGUCGGAUCAGGGCUUCACGCCAUCGUCGGUUUCUUCGUCUUCGCCGUCCUCAUCGGCGUCAAGCUUGUCUUUGUCGGCGACUUCUCACUCGCCGACGGAAACCAAGCCCCGGCGACGAAGACAGCCAAAGAGAUCGGAGUCGGAGAAGCCGCCGCCGGAGAAGAAGAUUUACCAUCCUGCCACUGGGCUUUUCCUCCUCGUGAUCAGCCUCUGCGUGAUGGUGAUGUUCGGUCGCCUCUGCGCCAUCCUCUGGACAUCCACGUGGCUGUAUUUGGCCCCUCGCCGGAUCUCCGCUGUUCCUCCUUCUCCGGCGGAGAAGCCGAAGCUCCGGUCGAGAGUCUCCGAGGAGGACGAGAAGAGGCGCGUAGUUUUGGAGGGUCUGUUGGAGAGAAAUCGAAAGGUGUGAAAAUAAAACAAGGGCCAAAUUGGAAAAAAAAAGUUUUUUUUUAUAAAAAAAAGAAAUUUACUUGUAAUUAUAGCAGGCCACAAUGUUGUUUGUUUUGGAAAUUUGUGCACUUUUGGAGGGGAUUAAAGAGGAAAAAAAAGUGUAAUUUUGCUUUUAAUGAUUUGGUUUAGAUUUUCGA